CAGACAGUCCAACGUACAACAUCUCUCAAGUAAAAAAAUUUAAUUUUUGUAUAGAAAACAAUUUUGCUUUAUAAACGAACACAAUUUGAGAUCGCCGCGACAUGGCGUUCUCCACACAAAAGGAGUUCUUCCACGUUCCUUUUAUGAACGAAACUUACGAGUUUGAGUGUCAAGAAGCAUGCGUCAAACUAAAAAGCUAUCCCUCGACAGUCGACGACCGCUCUUGGGCAGCAGAUGAGGACAAAAAGUCACGUUUUGUUGCCGAUCUAGUAGCAUGUAAUAUGAUAGGAGUUCGUGGAGGUCGCGGUGGCUCCCCUGUAAGUCCUGGUGCUCCCUUUGGUCGACCUGGUGAUGCUGGGCCUGGUGGUUUAGUAGUUGGCGACAGUCUAAUAAAUGCUGCCGGCGCCACUAUUGGCAAUUUACAAGACUUACUAGUCCAGAAUAAUGUUUUGGAAAGACGUCUGGCAGACUCGCAUGAUCGUUUGGCUACAGCAAAGGAUGAAAAUGCGGAAAUCAAGCGAAUAAUGAGCAAGCGUUACGAUCCCGAGAAAAGCAAAGUAUUGCGCAAUAAAAUAAGAGAACUAGCCAACGACAACAAAAUAGAUCCUAGAGAUGAGCAGGAGUUAAAUCAGCUUCAGGAGGCCGUAGAGGACAUGAACAAGGCAUUUGAGAUUUUGCAGGCCGAAAAUGCUCACUUAAAGCGAUUGAUUGAAAAGCAGUCUCGACGUUGCAAAAUGGAAAGUCUGAAAAUUGAUCCGGAACAAAGUAACGACAUACAAUAUCUCCAAAACAAAGUCAAUGACUUGGGAAAGGAAUUAGCCUUUUUGCGUCAGGCUGAAGAUGAACUGUUACGAAUGAAUCCAUCAGGUCCUUACUCGCCAGACCUUGAUGCAAAUGACAUAAGGAAAAUUGUUGCAGAGCGCGAUGCGCUGCGAAAAAAAUGCAAGGCUCUCAAGGCGCUUGAGGGUAAAGUUAAUGAUUUACAAGGAAAGGCGAUGGAAGCUGAUUACUUGUCACAUGACCUCUCGGAAAACCUAAACCACCAAAACGCCAUGAUUAAUGACAUGCAAAACGAGAUGGAGGAUAUGCAGAAGUACUAUGAAAAUGAAGUCGAGCAAUCAAAGUUUAAUGAGGAAGUCCUUAAGUGUCGCUGUGAUCAGUUGAAAGAGGAGCUAAUGAACUCAAAAUGUGCAGCUCAGCGUGCUGAGUGUCUGCAAAUGGAAGUCGAUGUCCUGAGGAAUGAGUUACGCAAGCGCGACGUUGCAUUGAAUGCCUAUGAUUGCCAAUACCAACAGUUGAUGCACAAGGCAAAAAUGUUUAAGAACGCUGGCUAUCGUUUUCUUGACGUUCUACCUGAGAGUGGCAGUGAUAGUUGUUUUUCUGGAGCCGAAGAGGAGGAAGGUGGAGAAUGUACAUGUUAGUGUCGCCCAAGCAAAAUUUCGUUUUGUAUCCUCUUGUGACUAUAGUUUCAAAAUUUGUUAGAAAACUCUGAAAUUGUCAAGUCAACACAUGAAAUUAAAAGUGUUUGAUCCUACUGA